AUGAGCGACCCUAAAGUGAGUGCGAGCGAAGCGGAAGAGGCGCGGAGUGAAGCGCGGGAGCCGCUCGGCGCGCAGCAGGCGGUGAUGAUUUUCGUGAAGCGACCAGCGCCGGGGCGCGUGAAGACGCGCCUGGCGGCCGGCGUGGGGGCGGACGCGGCGUGCGACUUCUACCGCGCGUGCUGCGAGCACGUCGUCACCAAUAUCGCGCGCUGCCCCGACCUGUACGUGACUAUAGCGAGCCGGUGCUGUGGUGUGGCAGGCAGGCACGCAUCCACGCAUGUCUUCAUCUUCUUCUCUGAGCCGUCGGAUGAAGGCGAGAUCCGACGGUGGAUGCAGCAGCUGCUGCCUUCCUCCACCUCCCUCCGCUUUGUGCCUCAGGUGGGGGGAGACGUGGGGGCGCGAAUGCAAGCAGCCUUCCAGCACGUGUUGGGCCUGGGAUACCAGCGGGUGGUGGUGAUCGGAACAGACAUCCCUGAUGUAGAUGGGGUCACAGUGGCUGCCGCGCUCUCUGCUCUUAGAAACCACCAGGUGAGUGGAGGCGAGGGCAAGAAGGGCACCACUAUUGGCGCCACUGUGGCCGCUGCUCUUUUGUCGCUCAGGCACCACCAGGUGGUGUUUGGCCCGGCCCUGGAUGGCGGGUACUACCUCCUUGGCCUCACUGCAGUGCUGCCGUGCCUCUUCCAUGGAAUAGAGUGGAGCCCGGACAGGGUGUUGCAGCAGUCACUCUCAGCUCUCCACACCAACGGGGUGGCUGACGUGUCGCCACUGGAUUUGCUGCCGCGCCUGAGGGACAUCGACACUGUUCACGACCUGACAGCCUGGCUCGCAGAGAAACGCGCGGAGGCAGGCGGCGAAGCUGUUUUGGAGGCAGACACUAUGGUGCUGAGUGGUUGUGGAGUUCAUGAGAAGACGGGGAAUGGGGAGAACGCAUUGAGGGCAGCGCAUGCAGGUGUGCACCCAAUAACGCAUGCUCCUCUUGGCAAUGUGCAUACAGCUAGGCCUAGCGGAAUGGAAGGUGGAACAGACACCGAGGGGUUGAUUCCUGUAGUUGCAAGAAUUCUUGGUCGAGUAAGCUCAGUAGGUGGAUUGUAG